GUUUUCUGUAAGAAACAGGUCCAAGUGACUGAGUGUUUAAGGUUGCCGACCCCUGGUAUAGGGUUUCUUGCCUGAGCAGGGGGUUGGAGUAGAUGAUUUCCAAGGUCCCUUCCAACUUUAUUGUUAUGAACUCUUGAGUCUGAACAACAUUAGGUCCACCUUUUAGAAUGUUGUAAUGUUAGAAAUAGGUGGAGAAACAUUUGUGUAAUUUAUUUAAAACACAGAAGAGGUAUAUGUAACUAUGAUUAUAUACAAAAAAAGAGAAUAAUUAUUUGGUCUGCAGUUGUCCGGUGAUACGCUAACUCCUUUUGGAUGUUUUAAAAUUGCCAUAAAAUAUAAAUUUUGUAAAGUAAUUUCCAUUAUUUUACAUGUAUAUCAGUAACAUUGUUUGAUUCACUAAAGAAGCUGUGGACUCAGCUGUGGGUCCUCACGCUCCAGCUAGAUACAGUACAUUUUUGUGCUAGGCAUAUCCAGAUUAUACAGGAUAGGCAACGACAUGCUGGCUGAGCUGUCUUUGCCCCUACCUUUCCCUGCCUGAGUAAAGUUGACUAGAUUUAGCAAACUAAAAGAAAGGUUAACAUGGAUACUCCCAUGUGAUCUUUUUUUUAAAAUAUUGAACAGUUUACCCAGCAUAGGACAAUACAACCAUAAAUUGAAUUGUAAUACGCUUCUGUUUAUAAUACAUGAAUGAUUAUCACAUUGUACAGUACAUAAUCUUUGGAGGGUUUUAAAGAACAAAAGAAUACCUCAUUUGAAUUGCAGUCAAAUAUAGUGUCAGUUAUAUAUAUUACAUGAACCUGGCAUAAUUCAGGAAGAUGUUAUGUACUUUUUUCUAUGUACCAUCUACACUAUUAUUCAAAAGUGGGAACUUUUAACAUUUUUCAGUCUGAGCGAUUUCACUGACAAACAUGAAUGAAAUAUGGAACUGGUUAUUCAUUUCUUUUAGGCUACAGUACUACUUUUGAAUAAAUAUAUAAAUAUAUCUAAAACGAUUGUCUUGCACUACAGUUCAUGUAUAAGGAAUUGUGAGCUGUGCAGUACUAAAGGAUUCUCAAAGGGUAGAAGGACAAGUUAUAUGUUGAAAAAAAUUCAAACUAGGAAUGCUACUUAAAUGUGGAUUAGCAAAGUUUUUAAAAAUUUCUAUUGUGCAGGAACUAUGGUAGAUUCAUUACUAAGGAGUAAUAUUGAAUGAACUAUACUAAAAUAAAUACUGCAUUAAUGAAAAAAUUAUGCCAGCUUCAGGUUGUUAGGGAACAAUUGUCUGUUGACAACAUCACAGAGACUCUAGUAGGGUAAUAAUGAGAGUUGCUAGGAGAGGUAGCAUAUAUAUAUAUGGUAUGGUAUGAGAUUAGUACAGUUUAGUGUGACAGUUGACUUUUUCUCUUCUAAUUAUGGCUUGUAUUACACGGAGAUGUCUACAAAAGCAGAAGGAAUUCAUCCUUGAUGGUGUGGCAGUGGACACCAUUGGUAGCAGCUAUGCCCACAUCCUGCCCAAGUUGUGGUCUGCAUUGCCACCUUAUAAUGCUCAGUUAGAUAUCCAUGCUGCUAGCUAUUUCUCAUCUCCAGUGGUCAAAUCACUGCUAAAAAGGACAGAGCAGACUCGUGGCGGCACCUCUAGGGAUGGAUGGAUAGUGGACUAUUUCCAUAUCUAUGGGCCAGGCCAGAGGUAUUUGAACAGGAGAAACUGGGCAGGAGCAGGUCACUCUCCAGAGCAAGUGGCUGGUCACCAUCUAUACUUGAUGGGUGCAAAGCCAGCAACAGGUUGGAAUGGGCGAUAUGGCUAUCGCCGCAAUACUCCUGAUCUUCGCACACGCUCUUCUUGCUUUGGUGAAGUAACAUGGCUCCCCAUUCACUGAAAAACAUCAGUUUAUAUCAAUCUGUCUCUUCUUCUAACUUAAAUGCUCUUCAUAUGUUUUGUUGUUCUUGAUUUUUCAAAAAUAAUAAAAUACUUUUAAUUUCUUA